AUACCCCUCUACCUUACCCCGCACUUCCGCGCCACCACCACUCCACAGCCCCGGGACGUCAUGGCUAACAAACAGCUCUUGGCUUUAAAUGGCAGAUCCGAGAAAACAAGAUGUCUCAAGCCUUUCCUUUAAGCCCGAGGAAUAGCUCAGGUCCGCCAUGACUCUGGCCGUGACUGUGACACGGGAGACCUCUGAACAUGCAGAAACACUUCUGGACAUUUAUUAUAACAGAUUUGUUAACUGAGGUCUGGAGAGAUGACUCAUUGGUACUGCAAGGGCAGCAUCAGUUUGGCCCUGAAGCUAACUGAAGACAGAGCUGUUGGUCUGAUAGGUGGAGCUGUUAGUCUGAUAGUCAAAAUGGGUGAUAGACCAGACUUGUCGGAAGUGGAGAGAUUCGAUAAAUCCAAACUGAAGAAAACCAUCACCGAAGUAAAAAAUACUCUGCCCUCGAAGGAAACCAUCGAGCAAGAGAAGGAGUUUGUGAAAAGAUCAUAAUGAGGAUCUUUUCCAACAAAUAAAUGCCAACACUGGCAAGCAGUCUUGG